GGAAUACCUUGAAUCUUUUUCAGGUCUCACUCAAGAAGAAGUCAACAUCAGUUAUCAUAUAGGUCCCGCAUGAAAUCCAAUAGGCAGCAAUAACAGCAGCAUCUAAUAACCGUUCGAUUUGAUUCUAACUAGUGAGGAACUUCCCGGCAAAGGAAGAAAAUAUCUGAGAAAAAACAAUGUCACGGUUGGACGGACCGGAGGGGCCUGAUUCUCCGGCAAAAGGAAGUUGCAUGUUCUACAAGUUGAUGGUUGCCUCCAUUCUCAAGGACAAGAAGCUGAAAAUCCCAGAAAAGUUUGUCAAGAAAUAUGGAGAUGAACUUUCUUCUAUUGCUACCCUCACUGUUCCGAAUGGUCGUAUCUGGCUAGUGGAGCUUGAAAAAAAAGAUGGCAAGUUAUGGUUCCACAAUGGUUGGCAUGAAUUUGUAGAAUACUAUUCCGUUCGCCUUGGGUAUUUCUUGGUCUUUAAAUAUGGAGGGGAUUCAAACUUCAACACUUACAUAUUUGAUCUGACAGUUUCCGAGAUAAGGUAUCCAUGUAAUCUUCCCAGUAGUUUGCAGGAAAAAUUUCAAGAUAAUCAAAAUAUUGCUGAGAAGAAACAUCUGACAAAUGAUCGCCUCAUGGAAAUCUUGGGUUCUGGCUCUACAUCCCAUAGCCCAGGAAGCAAUUAUCUUGGUAAAUAUGGGCAUUGCACCUGGACUCCAUCUGGUAACUAUGAGGUCAGCAGAGAGGGGUUGAUUCAAAGAAAGGAUGCAUAUGAUGUGGUAGAGAAAUUUCACUCUUAUCGGGACAUAGGUGUACAGUUCAAUGAGAGUGAGCUUACAAGUACUGCUGACAAAUUUGGUUUAUCUUUCAUGGGGGAAGCAGAUGGGAGAACUAGAAAAAGAAGACAGAUAACUGAUCCUAAUAAAUAUGAGCCAAAAAUCAAACAGAAAGCCUAUGAAAACUCACGUCGUCUAAAAAUCACUUCUGAAUCUCUAACAAGGAGGUGGAGACCUGUAACACCAGAAGAGAAACAAAGAACAAUUUCUACUGCUGAUAUGUUCAAGCCUAAUAAUCCCUUUUUCAGGGUUAUCUUGCGACCAUCUUAUGUUUAUAGAGGAUUUCUUCUGCAUAUACCAAAUGACUUUGCUCAAAAGUAUUUGGUAGUUACUCGAUACAUCAAACUUCAGGUUUCGAAGGGAAAAGAAUGGCCUGUCCGUUGUGUCUGUGGGCAUGGGAAAGCUAAGUUGUGCAAGGGGUGGACAGAAUUUGUUUGGGAAAAUGGUUUAGAGGAGGGAGAUGUUUGUGUCUUUGAGCUGGUUAACACGAUGGACAUUCUGCUGAAAGUUACCAUUUUUCGUGUCCUUGAAGAUGUUAUACCAGUUAACCAACUCCCAAUGCCUUAACUACAUUAAAGUAAUCAUGAUUUACUAGUUGCUGAUUUCUGACUCGCAGAAAUCUGUCAGGAGUUCGCUGCAGACGGUGUCCAAAUUUUCAAGUCUUUGUACAAUAAUAUUUUUCUUUUGUUAUGUUGGUUGUCCUAUGUUCAAGAAAUGGGAAUUGUAGCUCUUCAAAUCAAUAGGCUUCUCAUUCUAA